AUGCAGCCCUGGCCACGACGGCAGGAGGCGGAGGCGGCGGUCCUGUCCUCCGGAGAGCCUGCCUUGGUCCCAGCGGAGGAGCUCAGGGGGCUGCAGUACGAGGGGAGCUUUCACGGGUUCUGGGCCAAGCGCGGGGCGCCAGAUGAGCACUGCGUCCACUUCGGCUCCAUCAGCCACUGCUGGGAAUCCAUGGAGCACCCAGAUCCGUGGGGCUUCCAGCUGGAGGAGGCCAUCAGCCGGUUCAAGGAGAAGGAGGGUGAUCGCUCCAAGGUUUGGCUCUUCGUUGACUACAUGUCGCUGUAUCAGUACAAAAGGGACGAGGAUCAGCAGAGGCAUUUCAAGCGAGCGCUGGAGUCGAUGCACAUCCUCUAUGCCCACGAGGUGGUGAGGGUCGAGAUCGUCCACAAGCUGACGCCGCCAGACAGAAAGGCUGUGGUUGAAAGGGUCCGGCCCACCAUCCACGUCUACCAAGAGAACUGCGGCCGGGUAGUGGAGACCCCCAUCUACGAUCUCACAGCGAACUCCGUGCCCUACACCGAGCGAGGUUGGUGUCAGGCGGAGAAGGAGUGGGCGAAUCUGCGCGAGACGUUUUCUGGCAAUGUCCCGUUGCCGCCCGAGCUGUUCUCAAAGCAGAUGGACUUGCUCAAGUUCACGCACAGAAACGACGCCGACUUGGUGAAGAAGCUGCAAGAAGAGGUCUUCCACAUCAAGGUCAAUGCCACUACGAAGCUGAAUCUGAAGCUCUCGCGGCACGAGGUUCCCAUCCUCUGCCAGGCCCUGAAGAGCUACACGAACCUGGAGAUGGUGAUCGUCCGCGACACCCCCCUGGGCUGUGCCGGAGCGGUCGCCGUUCUGGAGACUGGGGCACGGCACAUCUUCCUGGACGCCUGCGACCUGGGCGAUGACGAGGCCCGGGCCAUGGCGGAGGUUCUGAGGCAGACGCCCAGCGUGGAGAACCUCACCCUGAGGAACACGCAGAUCUCCCGGACCGGGGUCAAGGAGCUGGAGGACGCAGUGCACGUCUUCAAUGCUGUGGCCCUGGACAUCCAUGCCGAUGAGGCUGCAGUUUCGGCUGAGGGCCGAGGCUCGGAAGGCGCCUGGGACAUGGACGUGCGCAAGAUGCACUGGUACUCGCACUACCGGCACACCGUCUUCGCCAUGAUCCAGGCCUGCCACGACGAGGGCGCCGAAGGCAUCGUGCUCAUGGCCGUGGCCCCCGAGCUCCAGAACGUGGUAACGCUCAAGGAGUGGCCUUGCCUGGAGGAAGAUCUGCCCGUUGCGUACAAUGGGCGCAAGUACCCCUUCUUUGAUUCCGAGGGGCGCGAAGUGAUCCCCUUCAGCAUGAUCACCUUCCGGCGGGUUUCGCUUUCGGACCUGCGAGAGGAACUGGAGAUGGCGACGCGUCGGGGGAAGUACGCCAUCAUUGCCUCCUGCAGCGAGACGCACUUCCAGGAAGCCGAGAAGGCCAUCCACCAGCACAACGCCGAUCGACUUCCUGGGCAUGGUCUGGCCAAGAGGGCCUGGGCUACGGCUUGGGAUGUCUACGGCGGCUCCGCGACGCACCCUGCACCUCCAGCGGAUCCCCGCCCUGCCUUUGCGCAGCGGCCAUCGAUUGGGUCCGCCAGCUCUUACAGGGGGCGGUUCUCGCAGAUGCACAGCAGCGCACUCUGA